AAAAUGGAUGGUUUCCUUUCGUUCAUAUUUUAGGUCAAAUAAAUUGUUUACGAUGCCUAAAUAAAGUUUAGGAGUGUAGUUUUAAUUUUGUGAAAAUGUCUUCGGAAAGGGUAGAAUGGGUGGAAAUAAUCGAGCCCAAGACAAAGGAGCAUAUGUAUGCUAACCUAACAACUGGCGAAUGUGUUUGGGACCCACCUGAGGGAGUGAAAGUGAAACGAACAGACUCUUCACAAUGGUGGGAGCUAUUUGAUAUUAACACUCAUAGGUUUUACUAUUACAAUGCUUCCACACAGACAACUGUGUGGCACAGGCCAACAGACUGUGACAUCAUCCCACUAGCUAAAUUACAAACAUUGAAACAAAACACAGAUCCACAGAAACGAAGAGAGACAUCUACUCAGACCAAUCAAGCUGCACCUCAGGCUCCUUCAGCAAUAGACCCAGUUAGUAGCAAUGGCAACAGUACAGUUGCGAGUGCCAGCAAACUCUCCCCGAGCAAUGCCAAGAGUAUCAGCCUCACCCAGACUAGCCCCGUGCGAACAAGAAGGUCGCAUUACCAUCACAGGAAUAGUGGUGAGGGCAGACGCGGGCGGCUGAGUGAAGAUGGCACCACGCAACUUUGUCGUCAUACCGACUCUGGGCGCUCUUCUGAUAGCAGCAUCAGCAGUGCGCAGCACAGAAGGAAACAAGAGAUGAACGCAGCUGCAUCCAAUCCAAAUCCAGUGUGCACUCCGCAACUGAGGAAGCGAAGCAGCGCCGUUCCUACACAUGAGAGCGAGAAGUGGUCUCCACAUUCAGGAUUGAACCGCAGUGGCAGUUUUAUUUCGCCGCGCAAGGACGCCUCCGACGAUUCCAUGCACGAAAAGUACUUCAAAUCUGUUGAGAGCACUCCUUUGACUAGACGCAAGCUAAAACAACAGUCUGGUGGCGGAUCCUCGUGUGAGUCUGCAUCUCCCCAAAGUCCAAGCAGUCCACUACAGAAACCCCAACCCACGCCAUACCUACAGACGACAGCGGCCCGACCGUCCUUAGUGUCUUCGAUAUCGCUGGCCACAGACGCGGCGGGCGGUGGCGCGCGCGUAAUGCACAGCCUCGAGCGUCCGCACCAGCUCUCAAGACACGCCCGGGAGCGAUACUCUGACAGGCACCUGGAUAAGGAUCGUCUCGCGGAGUUAGAGCGUAUGGACCGGUACCCAGAGAAGCAGGCGGUGUACAGUGUGGACAAGCCCUUCCGCCAGACCAGUCUCGACCUGCGUCACAACGCCGCUUCCUCCAACUGGCAUCCGCCUAGAGAGUUCACUAGACGUCAGCAAGCCGAGCCGGAGCGCUGCUCGUCCAGCAAGACGUCGGUGUCGUCGGGCAGCAGCAAGCACCGCACGCCUCCGCACGACACGCACCACAACUUCAUGCGGCUGUCCUCAGCCAACGAACAGGACAACGUUGCCGCUGUAAACUACAAGAUGAAAUGCGUGAGCCUUGACCCGCCGCUGACAGAGCCCAACGUUCAGAAACACAACCAGCGCCUCGAGAGGACCACUACGCCCAAGGACCGGACUAAAUCUCGACGUCACAAGCGGCCUGUGGAGGUAGAAGAACAGCCAGCGGACGGCGAGGAAGAAGAUGAAGAGGGUCGUUCUUCCCCCCUCUACUCCAACUGGGAUCUGCGCGGCAUGCAGCAUCUGUUACCGCUGCAGGACUACAUUCUACAGCAAGCGAAACUUUCUAGUCGAGGUCGCUACGACGGCUCCGGUUCCGACAACGAGUCCGGGUCGUCCCGUUCCCGGUCACGGUCCGGGUCCGAGUCGCGCUCGCUGUCCGGCCACGAGCCGGACAACGAGUCGUCGGACGGCGGCGCGCGCACCCCGGACGACGACGACGGCUCCGGCGUCUACCUCCCGCACUCGUACGGACAUCGCCCUCAAGACGUCGAGUAUAUGAACCACGGCGUGGCGUACUAUAAUACGUUCGUCGGCUUCGAUAGAGAUCGGCAGGCUUCGCCCGGUAUACACAGGACGUCGUCGCUGGGCGGCGGCGGGGGCGGGGGCGGCGGCGGCGCGGGGCGCGGGGCGGGCGCGGCGCCGCCCUCGGAGCCGCCGCAGCUGUACAGCCCGCUGCCCGCGCUCCGCGCCGUGGUGCCGGGCUCGCUGCUGCUCGAGCAGGACAUCGAGAACUUCGCCAAAGACAACCUCAACUUCAACAAGGGCAUCUUUAGGAGGAAGGCGUCGGUACGGGACAUGCUUUCUUGGACGUCAUCAUCAAUCAGCGCGCCGAUGGUGGGCGCGGACUGGGACAAGGCUCACAAGAAGGCAGCCAUCGAUCUGUUCCGGCUCGUCCAGAUCUACAUGGGCGACCGCAAGGCCCGCCCCGGGAUGACGCUUAACUCUGUCGCCCAGGAUAUACUGCACGCCACCUUUGCUAAUGAAAAACUCCGCGACGAGCUGUACGUGCAGCUGUGCCGGCAGACGACGGAGAACCCGCUGCGGGACUCGCUGCUGCGCGGCUGGGAGCUGCUGGCGGUGUGCCUCGCCUUCGUGCCGCCCUCGCCCGCCUUCCAGCCCGCGCUCACCAACUACGUCAACAGGCACCGCGACCCCGCCUUCGCUGAUGCCUUCCCAGAGGUGGGUAAAUGGCCUAUCCAUGUGCAAGUUUCUUACUACGCCGGGGUGGCUUGUAAACGGCUGGAGAGGAUCGGCUUCGGCGGGAAGAGGCAGCCUAGAAAACCUACCACCGAAGAUAUUGACCAAGCUAGGAUUCAAAUAUUCCGCCAAUCGAUGUUCGGUAACACGCUAUCUGAAGUUAUGGCGUUACAAAAGGAGCGGUUCCCGAACAGACAGUUGCCGUGGGUACAGACUGCGCUGUCGCAGCAAGUGCUAGCGCUCAACGGACGCGACACCGAGGGCAUAUUCCGCGUGUCAGCUGACGUCGACGAGGUCAACGCCCUCAAAGCCAAGAUCGAUAAUUGGGAGCUGCCUGAUGCUUCUACUUUGACUGACGCGCACGCGCCGGCCAGCCUCCUCAAGCUGUGGUACCGCGAGCUGUACGAGCCGCUGAUCCCGGACGCGCUGUACGGCGCCUGCAUCGCCGCCGGCGGGGACUUCGCGGCCUGCACGCGCGCGAUACAACGCCUGCCUGCCAUCAACCGACUGGUACUAACAUACCUGAUAAGCUUCCUUCAGCAGUUUACUGCGCCGGAGGUGGUAAGUCAAACCAAAAUGGAUUCCGCUAACCUAGCAAUGGUGUUCGCACCCAACUGUUUGCGGUGCAUGUCUUCAGACCCGCGGAUUAUUCUAGAAAACGCCCGCAAAGAAAUGACAUUCCUCAAAACACUUAUCACUAACUUGGACACAUCCCACGUUCAAGAUCUGCUGUGACCGAUGAAUCUCAGCUGUUACAAUAAUAAUAACAUUAUGGAAAGGCAGACUGAAUUUUAGAAGUUCGAUACGAAAUUGCGCCUGAUUGUGCAGCUGUUCAUUAUUUAAUAUGCUCUUUUGGCGACAUGGUUUGCCACAAUGUGUAAAUGUGGUGAUUUAAUUCAUAUGACACGUCGCCAGACGGAUAUAACUUCAGCUAUUUUUCUAAGGACGUCUUACGUCACCGUUCUCGUUCGUCAUCUUCGGACGUGACGGAGAAGUAAGCACCACAUUAAAGGGAUUUUCCGUGACUUUGACAAAUUAUAUGAGCAUAAGCUUUUUAUCAAAAGCAGUAUUGAGGACAAAAGCAAAGAAACUUUGUUGAACGAUAUACUUUCAUAACCAAUGUGUAAUGUUUUAACACUUGAAUGUAUACCAUAUGCUAUCAUCUCUUGCAAUCUAGUCUGUGUGAUUUCCAUUGAUGUAUCUAUGGAGAAUAAUAAAUUUAUAAAU